AUGUCCGCCGCUGAAGAGGAAACUAUCGCUGAAACCGGCGACGAUCUCUUGGUCGACGACCUUCUCGAAGGACUUAUCGAUGACCUCGCGAGCUCCCCUGACCACCCUGCUGCGAAGAAGCCCUGCAUGGACCCCGGAGCUGGCCCUGCUAGCUUCAACUCCCCCUCUACCUCCUCCGAUUCGGCGCUGGCGCAGCCCGCGCCAUCUCCCGUGCUCCUCGCUGCUGCUGCCGCUCCCACGGCGACUCAGCAAGGCCCUGCGCCCUCUCUGGCAGCAACAGCUGCCGCCCCCAACGGCCCGGUUCUUCGCGCUGCUGCCUACGCAACGGUCGCCUCCGGCGCUAACCCGGCCCCCGCGCUGCCCGCCUCGCUCUUUGCCUCACCCGUGCCCGGCGGACCCCCCCGCAACCUCCGCCGCGCGCGCACUUCCGCAGCCACCCCGAUGCUCCUUCCCCUCCGCCGCCGCGUGGUAGUCACAAUCCUCCUCCCGGAGGCUAUUUUGGAGUCGCAUCGCACGGAAAUCCUCGCCGGGAUCAACGCGCAGCUAUGCGGCUUCAUGUUUGAUUCGCGCAUCAUCCCCCCCUUCGAGCACACCGUUGGCGAAUCCCUCCGCGUGGCUCGCCACGUGUACGGCCGCCUGCUUUUCUCUUGGCCGUCGCAGGAAGAUGCUGCGGCAGCCGGCGCCCCUACCCUUUCCAUCCGAAACGUCCCCCUGGAGAUCGAUCCGGAGGAGCUUCGUGCCUUCCUCCUCGGAUCCACCGAGGAGGACGGUUCGCAUUGGCUCGCGGACCUAAUUGAAUUUCACCGCGCUUCCGAUCCCUACGAGAACACCUUUUUCACCCACCUCGCAGGGCUCCCGGUCGCCACCCCCGAUGACCCGAAUUUCGAGCGUAUCCCGUCCGAAAUCCUGCUGGAGGAGAACAAACCAGCUAUGCUGCUCAACUUCUCCUGCCACGUGUGCACGCUGUGCGGCAACAACCACCGCGCACCGGACCACGAGACUUUCGCUGCCCGCCGCCGAGGACGCCUCACGAACAAGAACACAAUCUCAAUUGCUCAGCUGCAGCAGGCAAAUGGCAACUCUUUGGGCAAUCAUGCCGCGCCGACCGCCUUCAGCAACGACCCCGGCCUCCUCUACAUUGGGCUGGGCGAUUGGAUCAAAUACUGGACCUGCACUCUCUGCGACUUCACCUGCGGCGCUGCCCUCGACAGCGCCAUGGAGCAUAUCCACUCCGACCUGCACGUCACCCGCGUGAAGGCCUCCGCUCACCGCCCGGCUGCCAAGGAAGAAUUUGGCCCCUGGCGCGCACUCACCCUGCUGCAGCAGAAGCCCCCGGUGGCUGCCUUCCUUCGCGGUCGCCCUUAG